AUGCAGUUCACUUCCGCCCUCUUCUCCGUCCUCGCCAUUGCCGGCCUGGCCGCUGCCCUUCCUGCAACUCCCACCGCCACGGCCUCGGCCACCGCUACCCCUACCUGCUCCCCCGGCCCCACCAUCGACUACACCGUCGUCGCCAACGACACCCUGACUAUCAUCUCCCAGAAGUACAGCUCUGGCAUCUGCGACAUCGCCAACGCCAGCAACCUCACCAACCCCAACUUCAUCGCCCUCGGCCAGGUCCUCAAGGUUCCCACCUACGUCUGCAACCCCGACAACACCUCCUGCUUGUCCAAGCCCGGCACCGGUACCUGCGUUGAGGGCGGCGCCGCCACCUACACCAUCGUUGCCGGCGACACCUUCUUCAUUGUUGCCGAGCGUCUCGGCCUUGAUGUCAACGCUCUCCUCGCUGUCAACCAGGGUGUCGACCCUCUUCUGCUCCAAGUUGGCGAUGUCAUCAACGUUCCCGUUUGUUAA